CCGUAGGGCUGAGCUGCCAGUGCGCCUGCGCGAGAGGCCAAUAAAAGGGUGAUGCUGCGCCGUCUCGCCGCUGAGGUUGGGUUGUUAGUGCGUCUGCGCGGGGCUCGGGAGCCGCGGUUCUUGAGUGUGCUUCGGCGGGCGCCGGGUGUAGCCAUGCAGAGAGCGGAGUGUGAGCAGCCCUCUAAGCGGCCCCGAUGCGAUGGCAGCCCGAGAACCCCGCCGAACACUCCGUCCGCGGCAGACUGGUCCCUGAGCCCGGAGCUCCACCCGGACCACCAGACCUGGGGCCCGGAGCAGGUGUGCGCCUUCUUAGAGCGCAAUGGCUUCAGCGAGCUCCGACUGCUGAAAAGCUUCCGAGAAAACAAAAUCACAGGGUCAUUACUGCCCUUUCUUGAUGAAUCUCUUCUUGAGAAUCUUGGGAUAAGUUCCUUGGGAGAUAGGAAGAAGCUGCUUAAUUGCAUCCAACAAUUGAGUCAAACUUACGUCGAUACAAUGAAGAUAAUUAACGAUCCCAUCCACGGCCACAUCGAGCUGCACCCCCUCCUCAUCCGCAUCAUCGACACGCCCCAGUUCCAGCGGCUGCGGUACAUUAAACAGCUGGGCGGAGGUUACUAUGUUUUCCCAGGAGCCUCACAUAACCGGUUUGAGCAUAGUCUAGGGGUGGGAUAUCUAGCGGGAUGUCUAGUUCGUGCACUAAGUGAAAAACAGCCAGAGCUGCAGAUCAGUGAGCGAGAUGUGCUCUGUGUUCAGAUUGCUGGGCUUUGCCAUGAUCUUGGUCAUGGGCCAUUUUCUCAUAUGUUUGAUGGAAGAUUUAUUCCCCUCGCUCGUCCAGAGGUGAAGUGGACGCACGAGCAGGGCUCCGUGGAGAUGUUCGAGCACCUGGUGAGCGCUAACGGGCUCAGAGCUGUCAUGGAGCACUACGGUCUCGUCCCUGAAGAAGAUAUUUACUUCAUCAAGGAGCAAAUCAAGGGGCCGCUCGAGUCACCCGAGGACGAGGCCACGUGGCCCUAUAAAGGGCGCCCUAGAGAGAAAAGCUUCCUGUAUGAGAUCGUGGCCAACAAGAGAAACGGCAUCGAUGUUGACAAAUGGGAUUAUUUUGCCAGGGACUGCCAUCACCUGGGAAUCCAGAACAACUUUGAUCACAAGCGCUUCAUCAAGUUUGCCCGCGUCUUAGAAGUAGAAAAUAAGAAACGGAUUUGUACCAGAGACAAGGAGGUUGGGAAUCUCUAUGACAUGUUCCACACACGCUACUCCUUACACCGCAGAGCCUACCAGCACAAGGUUGGCAACAUCAUCGACACAAUGAUUACAGAUGCUCUCCUCAAGGCGGACCCCUACAUAAAGAUCACAGGUGCAGCCGGAAAGACGUACAGCAUUUCCACGGCCAUCGAGGACAUGGAAGCCUUCACCAAGCUCACAGAUAAUAUUUAUCUGGAGAUCUUAUACUCCACGGAUCCCAAAUUGGCUGCAGCACAAGAGGUUCUAAAAAAUAUUGAAUACCGCAAGCUCUACAAGUACGUGGGCGAGACCCAGCCGGGGAGCCCGAAGAAGAAGAUUAAGAAGGAAGACUACGAACAGCUUCCCAAGGAGGUCGCCGACGCCAAGCCUAGCGACGUGCCGCUGGAGGCUGAGAUGAAGGCGGAAGAUUUCAUCGUGGACGUCAUCAACAUAGAUUAUGGGAUGCAAGACAAGAAUCCGAUUGAUCACGUUCGCUUCUACUGUAAGGCUGAGCCCAACAAACCCGUCAUGAUCACCAAAGGCCAGGUUUCGCAGUUUCUGCCAGAAAUAUUCGCUGAGCAGCUGAUCCGCGUGUACUGUAAGAAGACGGACAAACAGAGCUUGUUCGCCGCAAGACAGCACUUCGUCCACUGGUGCGCCAUCCGCGACUUCACCAAGCCGCAGGAUGGCGAUGUAAUCGCGCCGCUUAUCACCCCUCGAAAGCGGGAGUGGAACAGGGAUCCAGGCGCGAGCCCCACCGGCAGCCGGGAGGCGCUCAGGUCCAGGGGCCAGCUCUUCCAGGACAAGCUGGCGUGAGUGCCGCAGAGGGCGUCCCCUGCUCGGUUCCCCCAGAGCCCUCCGUCCGGCCCUCCGAAUGGACUGAUGGUCACUGCUUCUUGUGUUAUGUUUUGAACGUGCGCACAUGCUCAAGCUAAGUGGUUUUAAAAGAAACAAAAAGGUAUGUGGCCAAUCUUGCUAUGCACACUGGGAAAAGCUGACAUGGACUGAUUUUAAUGCUAAGAAAACCUUUCUCCCUCCAUAGUCCAUUUUCUUAAGAUAACUCUUGUAUCUACCCUGAGCACUGGGACAGAUGAUUGUUGUUAACUUAGAAAUGACAAAAGGCUGUACAUUGAAAUUAGACGUGGGAUUUGUCUUGGAUGGACGUGGUUAAAACCAGAACAUACAAUCCCAGCCCCCUGGGGUGGCACCUGUCGCCCCAAGUAUGUGAAUAGCCAUCCACAGGUAAUCUACGCACAGGGGAGAGACACCCCCACCCUUCUAGCCCCCUCAUAUGCUGCCAGGUUGGGGUGACAGCAGGAGGCGAGGGCCAGGAGUGGGUCUGACUCUCGGAGAAAGGCCUGGGGAAGCUAGCGGGAGGGUCUGGGGGCUCUGGCUUCCUCCUCAGCGGAGCCCCCGGGACAGAGGGGUCCCUCGAACGAGGCCGUUCCUUGCGUCCGCCCCAGCUUCAGGUCGGGCAGUUUCUUUGUCUCCUGAGUGCUCGCUGCCCCAGUCCUGCAGGCCGUGAGCUGGGCGGAGGUCACCCCAGGAGCUGCGCUCAGCCCGUUCAGACCUAGGACUAUGUUGUGGCUGCUUCCGUGCCCUUGGCAGGUCGCAGGGCAGACGCUGGAGCGCCCAAGCUGAGCUUGUGCCUCCCUAGCGGCUUCCGGUUGUCCCUCCCAUCUGGUGCUGAUCCGCCCAGGGAACGAGCCGGCAGCCAGGCGGUUGCAGUGGCUCUGACCACAGCCAGCAGGUUAGCUAUGUCUUAGGGGUGCGUCACUUGGCACUGUAUGAGGCUGCUUGAAAAGGUUCAUGGGAAAAUGGCAUCAAAAAGCAUUUGUUUUGGUGGAGAAAAAAGGCCAAACUCAUGCACUUUUUUUCAUAACACAUUUUCCAUGAACUUUUGGAGGACCCCCGUAGAACCAGAUUCUGUUCCGUCCACACCCACGGGCUGACUGUGGCUCAGAGCAGCACGGGAGCCCUCCACCGUGAGGCCCUGUGGGGGGCGGUGUUGACUCCUCGGCUCACAGGAGCCUCAGCCAGGGCGGCCCCAGCACGCGGCCACAUCUGCUCGCCCAGCUGCCUCGACAACUUUCAGGGCAGCCAACAGUGGCCCUCAGCGUCCUGCGGCCAGCCCCAAGGUCACGAAUGUAGUCUCUGCGGAGAUCCCUGUGUUUCAGGGCCUGGGGCUGCCCGAGUGCCGUCGUCCCAGCACCGCACCGCUUGCUGGCCGAGGUGCAGCGAGACCGUGUCUGGUUUGCGUCUUCUGUCACACGCAAGGCAGCUGCACUUUACGCCCGUUAUGACUGUUGUGAUGAUGAGAACCGUGUGCCGCUUACCAGGUUGCUUUUAAAAAAAAAAAAAAAUUCUUGACUGUUUGUAUAAAAAUAGAGAUUUUAACAACGUGG